CCCAGUGGGGGAAGCACGUUGCGGCGUUGAUAGGCAGGGCUGCAUGCGAAGGCGGUCUGCAAACACCUCCAGAAAGCCGGGGGUCUCAUUUAAUGGAGCCUUAAUCUAGAAUAUUUCUUAAUUGCACUUGCCGGUUUCAGGAUUACGAUCUUUCUGCCUGCUGCUGCUGGGACGGAUUUGUCAGCGAGAUGUGGAGAUGUGCGCUCGGCCGCCUUCUCAUGCUCAGCGCCGCGUGUAUGCAUGUCACUGCGCAGAGUAAGGUCUUCGGGGAGACGGAGCCCGUGCGGAUGACCUCAGAGGGCUCCGACUGCCGCUGUAAGUGCAUCAUGCGGCCCCUAACGCGGGACGCCUGCAACCGGCUACGCAGCGGCGGCGCCCGGCCGGAGGAUUUCUACUCCGUGGAGACAGUCAGCUCGGGGUCGGACUGCCGGUGUUCCUGCACCGCACCCCCAUCCACAUUGAACCCCUGCGAGAACGAGUGGAGGAUGGAGAAGCUAAAGAAGCAGGCGCCUGAGCUGCUGAAGCUCCAGUCCAUGGUGGACCUCCUGGAGGGGACACUCUACAGCUUGGACCUCAUGACGGUUCACUCGUACAUCAACAAGGUCGUCUCCCAGAUGAACAACCUGGAGGAGACCAUCAGAAUUAACCUGACCCGGGAGAAUGACUUUGUCAGGGAGAACAUGGUCGCCCUCAUGGGCCAGAUGAGGCGCUAUGAGAACUACUCGGACAUCAUGAUCGGCAUCAAAAAGGAGAUCAGCAGCUUGGGCAACCAAUUGCUGCAAAAGGACACAGCACCGCUGGACAGUAAAGCCCAGGAAAGCUCUGGAGAAAAAGCCAAGGACACUUCCAGGUACCCUGGGAAAAAGACACAGGGAUGGAAAGUGGCUCCCAAGGAGAAGCCCACGAAAACCAAGAAGGAGAGUGCGAGGCCCACGAAGAGCGCAAAGGCGGCGGAUCCCAGCGUGAAGGGCAAGGGCGUCGGCCAUCAGCCAGGAGUGAUCAGGGGCGUCACCUACUACAAGGCCGAGGACGCAGAGAGCAAUCUCAGCAGCCAAGUAGACGCCAGCAGAGGUCAGGAUGCUGCCGCUAUCAAGGAGGAGGUGCCAGCGAACAUACCCGGCAAUGGCAUCCCAGAAGCCGGGGUGGACACACCUGGCAAUGGUAUCCUGGAAGCCGAAAUGGUCCCAACAGUCAUGUCCACAACCACAACCCCUGCCACCAUGGUGUCGGUAGUGCCCACCACCAGUACCAGUACAGCCGGGACAGAGAAGCAAGGCUUAGCCCUAGUGUUGGCAGUGGAAAACUCUGGAAACAGCAGCCAGUCUUUCACAAACCAAGCAGAGAAAGGCCCAGAAUGCGAGGGGACCAUCGCUGCCAUAGAGGCACCAAUGGAACACCACAGCUACGGACGAAAUGAGGGAGCUUGGAUGAGGGACCCGGUUGCUAAAGACUCCAAGAUCUAUGUAACAAACUAUUACUAUGGCAACAACCUGGUGGAGUUCCGAAACCUUGACAGUUUCAAGCAAGGACGAUGGACUAACCUGUAUAAGCUGCCGUACAACUGGAUCGGGACGGGCCACGUGGUCUACAAUGGAGCCUUCUACUACAACAGGGCCUUCACAAAGAACAUCAUUAAGUAUGACCUACAGAUGCGCUUCGUGGCUGCCUGGUCACUGCUGCAUGACGCCACCUAUGAGGACACCACGGCUUGGAAAUGGCGCGGCCAUUCUGACAUCGACUUCGCCGUGGACGAGAGCGGCCUCUGGGUUAUCUACCCGGCUGCCGCCGAUGACUAUGGGCAGCAGGAGGUGGUGGUGAUUAGCAGGUUGGACCCUGCCGACCUCUCUCUGCACCGGGAGACCACAUGGCGCACGGGACUGAAGCGCAGGUCCUACGGUAACUGCUUCAUUGCCUGUGGCGUGCUGUACGCCGUCAACGCCUACAGCCAGCAUGAUGCCGAGGUCACCUACGCCUAUGACACGCACACCAGCACGGAGGCUUCUCCACGCCUGCCGUUCAUCAACAAGUACUCCUUCGCCACACAGAUUGACUACAACCCAAAGGAGAGGGUGCUGUAUGCCUGGGAUAACGGACACCAGCUCACCUACAACAUUACCUUUGUGGAGCAAUAGCUCAAACCUGGGAUGCUCCCACCUGGGCCUACCCUUCUGCCGUCACAACCAUUGCAUCGCUAAGCACUUUCUUUCCAUUGUGUUCCUGAAACUUGUGUUGCUGUAUAUCUGUAACUUCUUGCCUGCUAAAUAUCAGAUGGAACUGCAAAGCUAGAGUGCCUUUUUUAUGAAGGCAGCACUGAAUUUGUAAGACUUUGAGGUCAGAUCAAAUGAGGUUCAGUCCGCAUAAUGAUCUCAUCCAAAGGGCCUGACAUUACAAUAAGCAGAGACCAAGUGCAUCCCAGAAGCAAUAUGGUUUUUAUUAAUGGAUUUUUAGCAUAACAAUUUGAAAUAAACAAACCAGUUCUCUUUUUGAUAGCCUUUUAUAUUACAGAUUUGAGAAGCUAAUGAUAAACGUAGAAAUCGUGAGACCAUAAACGCAAAAUGGUGCUCAAAGUGAAAAUUACAAAAAUAUUUAUACUUAGGGAUUUUCAGCCUUAUGAUUUUGUAAAAUACUGCUCUGUAAAUAUGUUCAUAUGUCAUUAUGCUUUUUUUUUUUUUUUAAAGAUAUCAAAAAUAACAUGGCAAUUGUUCAGUGAGUAUUCAGGUAUUUUUUGCAGACCAUUGAUUUCAUAUUAUCAGAAUACGCUGUUCCUCCUAAAUCUUUCCUACCCCUUAAUGCAAAUAACAGAAAUGUUCCCCUUCCUAUGGCUAAAGGCAUGUCAGAUCCUCCCCUGCAUGGCCCAAUGCUAUAACUAUCACACUUCUUUUCAUGUUUAGUGUGCUUUUACGGUGCUUGUUGUUGUCAUUCAUGUGCUUUUUAUUAUUAUUAUUACUAUUAUUAUUAUUAUUAUUAUUAUUAUUCAUUUUAUACAACUGACACAAUAAAGCUUGAAAAAGUA